AUGUCUACCUCCCCAUUCCGACACCCCUCCCACGCCCAUCCACAGGACAAGAUCCUCUCAUCAGCCGACUGCCCGACCUGCCAGACCGACCGGAAACGCGCCCGCGCCACCGACGGCAUCCUAGCCUGCCUGACGGUCCUCUGCCCGCCCGCGGUAGCGUAUAUCAAAAGUGGCCGGAAGCAGGAUGUCUGGUUGAAUUUGGGGCUGACGCUUUUUGGAUGGGGGCCUGGGAUGUUGCAUGCGUGGUACUUAAUUGUGCUGCAUCCGGGUAUUCACCAUAGGCAUGAGGUCGUCCAUUACAAUGGACCAGAAUUGGGAACGAUGGAUGGACAGACCCGGAGUGCUAUCACACUGGCGCCGCCGCCACAGCCUCGGGCCCUCAAGUGUAUGGCGGCCAGCUGGUGGGAUCGGGCCACUACGACGACAGUCCCGCCAUCACCACUGAGGGUGCUCCCAUCACCACUGAGGGUGCUCCUGGCGGGAGAGUCCAUGACAAUGAUUGUGGCAUGGAUGGUGAUCGAAGUGGCAAGGCCGAGCACUGGCGCCGAGUAUGAGCAAGCCGUUACCGGAUACAGACUGGCCUCGAUAUUCUCCUGGAGGCGGAGCUGGCAAGACCGCAUCGUAGGCGGCAUAUCUGCUCAGUCAUUCAAGGAUCUCGAACACAGACCAGACUUCAUUACGUGGUUGUUGGAGAGAGGAAUCACCACCGGACGCCACCCAAUCAUCACAAUCGGCGAUUCCAAGUACUCAGCAGCGCUCCAUCAUCUGCGCAGCCGCCUGGAUACUUGGUCCUACGGCAACGACCUGGUAGUGUUGUGUCUCGACGAAGAAUGUGCCGACGACAAGAACUUCAAUGGCUGGCGGGUUCCCCUGGACCCUGAGCGCCCUACUAUGGAACAGGUUGCGGAAGUGAAGCUCACUAUCAGUAUUGAUCUCCUCCGGGCUGCUUUUGACUUCGUAUUCCUCGACGGUGAUGUGUAUCUUACAGGAUUUAGAGACCCUUUUCAAGAUAUGUUGUCGCCAGGAAAUAAAACCUGGGACAUACAAUUCCAGAGAGACUUUCAGCCACCCUCGCCAUUAUUGAAUAUCGGGUGGUACUUUGCCCGAGCGACAGACGCCACAAAGGAGUAUUUCCAUCGCUCAUACCAGCAGUGGCUGGUAACAAAAGCAUGGGACCAGGCGGUAAUGAACGAAGUAGCUGCUCAGAUGGAAGCUGCCAACAGACUAAGAGUGCACCGGUUAGACUUAUCUCGCUUCAGAAACUACAUGUUAGAGAACGCCGAGGCUUCGUUGUUUAGUACCGAGGAAAAAGCAGCGCAGUUCAUCGACGAGUCCACGAUGAUACACUAUACCUGUGUUGAGACCAACCUCAAAGGCUAUUUCGGUUCAACAUUUGGCGGCUCGACUGAUCACAACAAGCUGUACAGUCAGCCACCACCAAUGAUUGCAGUCGCCAAUAUCACCGGGACCAGUGAAGCUAUCAUGCACCAGCUCGCUUUUGCCCUGAGCGUGGCGAGAGAAACCGAUCGCGCUCUGACAUGGCCGCACAGUGUAUUCGCCAUCCAGCAACGACCCGAAGACGAUUCCACGAAGCAUUUCAUACGUCCAGCAUUGCCCACAAUACAAGUCGUGAACUAUGCGCACGCUCAGACCCUGGGAGUCGACUUGCUAGAGAGCAGAUUCUUACACAACCGGCAGCGGCAUGUCCCUGAAGCAGCGGCGACUCAGCAGGUGCUUCUUGACGUUGUGAAACAGCCACCUCGGCAGCUGAAGCAAGCGAUACUCGAUCUGCCAGGCCACGUGGUUCCCACACUCGACUUCAGCGCCCUCAGUGACCCAGAAAAGCCAUGGCUUCGCACCACUGACGAACAGGAAGGGUUAUACUACGAAGUGACAAGCACGGACUACGCGGAUUAUCUUGAGCAAGUCUCGAGCUCCUUCGAAUCGCGUCUUCAGGAUAUCGGCAUAGCAGACUCUUCGAAGGAGAUGUUGUCCAACCUGCAGAUGUGUGGUAAUGCUGACCGGGACGCCGAAUGUUUGGCCGUGUGUGCAAGCUGA